AUGAGGAAAAUAGAUUCUAGCAAGAAGCUAAUAUUAAUUAAAGUUUGCUUAUAUUUUAUUGAUUUGUUUUAUUGGGUUUCUGGGGUUGUGCUCCUGUGCAUAGGAGUCUCUGUUCAGAUGAAACUCCAUGAUGCUUUCGUGUUGGUGAAUGAAACCUCGUCUGGUGUCCCUGUGAUUAUCACCAUUGUUGGUGGUGUGAUCAUCUCUGUCUCAGCCUUUGGUGCAAUUGCCAUAUUGAAGUCCAGUCAUACGAUGAUCAAAGUGUUCACAGGCAUGCUGCUGAUUAUCUUCUUGAUUGAAAUCAUAGUUGGCAUCUCUGCCUACGCUUACAGAGCGAAGCUGCAUGACAACCUACUGAGAAGCUUCCUGAAGACUCUUGACAAAUAUAACAGAGAAUCCCAAGUAACCAAAGGAAUAGACCACCUACAGGAGAAUUUCCAGUGCUGUGGUGCUCAGAACUACACCGACUGGUUCAAUACUACAUUUGGAUCUCUCAGUUCAGCUGUUCCAAAUAGCUGCUGCAAGAUGGUAACGAAAAGUUGUGGAAUGAAUCUAAGCAACGAUACUGCUAACAUUAACCAACAGGGAUGCAUUCAAAAGCUGAAGAAGUGGGCUGAAGAACAUAUUGCUCUUAUUGGAGGGGUUUGCAUAAGUGUUGGAUUUGCACAGUUACUUGGGAUCUUAUUUAGCUACAUGCUACUGAGACUACUUAAUGAAGAUUAUGUGAACUUAGACCAUGUCAAACUAUCACUCACUUGUCUAAAUCAUACCUAG